GUUACGUGUCGCGAGUCCAUGCGGACUGUUCCGAUAAUUUAGUCUUUAUUUUCUUUUUUUUUUUUCACAAUAUUUUCAAAAUAAAACUAAAUACUAAGUUCGAGAGAUUGCGCUUCUUCUCGCGUUAAAAUGUUUUCCAGAGGCGAAAAGGACAAAACGGAAAUCAAUGUGAUACUGGACGAGCCUCUAACCAACGAUUCGUGCACGAAAGUGGUGAUGGAACUCAUAAAAUAUAUUUUAUAUCAGAAGCAGCAAAUACCGUUUGCUUACGAUGCGUUAGCCCAAUAUCAAACCAGGAAAGAGGUGUCGGAUAGAAACACGGUUUCUUUCAAAGCUUUGUCGAGCACGUUAAAAAUUGUCGCCGAUCAGCUAUCCUCGCAAUUUUUUCUCAAGGGUUGCGAUAUACGAGAAGUUGCGAUUCUACUUGGCGCCACGAUAUUGUCACCCAAACUUUAUGUCGGAAUAGAACUUCCUUCGUAUGUUCUCAACAGCAAGCAGCAUAAAGAAUAUCAACAUUCAUCGAGAAAGCCGCUUUUAAAACUCAUGAGGUCUAUGUUCGAAUGUGACGAGUUUCAGGAGGCCAUGAACAUUCCUUCGAGUAUGACGAACAUGUUUAUCAUGCUGAAAAAGAGUGACAGUAAUUUGGCGUCGGAUUUCUUCUUACCUAAACCGCAAUACGUGCCACCAGUUCAAGGUACAAGUUGCUUCAAGAUCAAGCUGUGCCAAAACGAUCAGUUGGACAUGAAGUGCACUUGCAGAACUCUUGUCAAAGUGCAUCAUGAUUCUUAUCAGACUCAUUUGGAAAAUGAAGAUGAUGUGCAGUACGCUCAGUACAAUAAUAGCAAUCAGUUUUCGUAUCAGUGGUAUCAGUCCAAACAAAUCAUAAAAGGAUUUAAAUAUCAUUCAUGACUAGAAUUUUAUAUUAUUACAAUUGUAGCAAUUAGAAAUUUUUUCCAAUUUCUUAAGACUGUAUAUAGAUGAUAUUUUAUACAAUUUGAAAGGAGAUAUUAAAUUUAGAUAAUAUAAAUUUAGAUAGAAUGAACUCUAUUUGUUUCAAUUAGACAAAUGACAAAAAAUAUUAAAUUUUAAUAUACAUUUAACAGAGUAAAGUAAAAACACUUAUUAAUGCAAACACAAGUGACGUUUUUGUUACACAUCAUGCAAUGACACUGCAAUGACAUGAAAAUGAUUCGGCAGAUGGCCUCGGGUCAAGUGAUAGAAAUUUCCAUUCAUUAUCUAAGUAAACGUAGUAUAUUUUUUACUCAUAUCAAUACAACAUACGUAAUAGGUCUUUAUGUGACGACUUAUGUAAUCAUUUAAGAAAAGACUUAUAUGACACAUCAAUAUUUUUUUUAUUGCACAUUUAUUGCAAAACAGACUGAUGGAUUAUACAUUAUUAUCGAUUUUUAGUGGAAGUUGAAUUUUUUUAAUUAUGAAUUUU